GAAUAUUUGCCUAUCUCAUAUUUGCAGUCCCAUCGCCACAGCUCCCUCCUGCCUGCCUCCCCCCCCCUACUACCACCCUCUCUCCCCGUUCCCCUCUCUCUACAAAAUCUCUUUCGAGAUCCAGGUUUUUCUAGGUCCUCUCGGCUGCUUCGUGCUGGAUCUGACGCUCUUAGUGCUGGUGGAGGAUUCGUGGAUUGUUCCGACGCCAAGAUGGUAGUGAUUCGGGGGGAGUGUGAAAUGAAAUGAAGGAAGGAAGAGUUGCGGACGCGGCUGCGAGCGUGGGCCUAUUGGGAGAAUUGGUGUUGGGGUUUCUAUCUGGUUUUUCCGAGCCAUUCGGAUUCUUGGAAUUUAGAGCAUAGUAGUAUAGUGAUUAGCAUUGGGGGGACUCGGGGCCAUUUGAGGUUGUGCUAGGGAGAGGGAUACGGCAUUCGUGAUUCCAGUUUUGUCUAGGAAAGAGAAGAGAUCACAAUCGCAGGGCGGUCUUUAUAUUUCUGGAGACCAGGCGGGGACCGAUUCCUCUGGAUGCGGUGACGGAGGCUGAAUCGAAGAAUGGCAUUCGCUCAGGCGCACAAGAGUCGGCCCCUGUCUGUGAACACUGGAAAGAAUGUUGGAGGGUUGUCUCCUUCGCCGACGCCGUCGCCCUCCCAACCCGAAUCUGCUAAGGCUACACACUCGCGUACCAAGUCUGCUUCGCCUGCUACUUCGUCAUCCGCUACUUCCACCCGGCGCCAGAGCAAUGGAUCUGCCCGGCAAUCACACGAUGGCGGCGUUGCGAAUCGGGUGCGAGUAACAGUUCGGUUACGUCCAAGAAAUGCAGAAGAAUUGGAAGCCGAUCUUGAUUUUGCUGAUUGUGUGGAGCUUCAACCUGAGCUUAAAAGGCUAAAGCUCCGCAAGAAUAAUUGGGAGAGUGAGACUUAUCAAUUCGAUGAAAUUCUUACGGAAACGGCUUCUCAGAAGCGUGUGUACGAAGUUGUUGCGAAACCUGUCGUGGAGAGCGUUCUUGAAGGGUACAAUGGCACUGUCAUGGCUUAUGGUCAAACGGGAACAGGAAAGACAUUCACCCUUGGAAAACUAGGUGAUGAAGACACAGCUGACCGAGGAAUUAUGGUCCGUGCAUUGGAGGAUAUCUUGUCCAAUAUUAACCACGCCGAUGACACAGUUACAGUGUCUUAUUUGCAGCUCUACAUGGAAUCAGUACAAGACCUGCUAGCACCUGAAAGGGACAAUUGUCAUAUCCAAGAAGAUCCCAAGACGGGGGAUGUUUCAGUGCCGGGAGCCACUCAGAUACAGCUGACUGACCACCAGAGCUUCGUCAAUCUUUUAGACGUUGGUGAAUCAAAUCGCGUUGCCGCCAAUACGAAACUUAAUACAGAAUCCUCGCGAAGUCACGCGCUCCUGUUGGUACAAGUUAAAAAAGCGGUUAGAACAAAGGAACCUGCUGAGAAUGGAAAAAUGCGCGCACCUACGAUCCGAAGAAGCAAAUUAUUGAUUGUGGAUCUCGCUGGUUCAGAGCGUGUUGAUAAAUCAGGAAGUGAAGGUCAUACGUUGGAGGAAGCGAAAUCUAUUAACUUAUCAUUGACAGCUUUGGGUAAAUGUAUCAAUGCUUUAGCGGAAAACAGCCCUCAUGUGCCUAUACGGGACUCUAAGUUGACAAGACUAUUACGUGACUCUUUUGGUGGAACUGCUAGGACGUCAUUGAUUGUGACUAUCGGACCUUCACCAAGGCACAGAGGAGAGACAACCAGUACUAUUAUGUUUGGCCAGCGAGCAAUGAAGGUCGAGAAUAUGGUAAAAUUAAAAGAGGAAUUUGACUACAAAAGUCUUUGCCGUAGAAUGGAAGCAGAACUGGACAGACUUGUUGCAGAAAAUGAGAGGCAAGUGAAAGCCCGGAUGGAGAACGACGAAGAACUGGACCGAACUGUGGAGGAAAGUCGUCAGCUUGUGAUGGAGGCUGAGAGGGACCAGUCUAUGAUGGCGGAGAAGAGUAUAUAUGAACAAGAAGUCGAGGAAUUGCGGCAAAAGUGUGAAAGAGGAUGCGAAGAGGUGGAAGAGCUUCGGCAUAAGCUGGAAGAAGUUAUUCGUGUUCGGGAUGUAUUGCAGGAAGAAGUCCAAGUGCUAGCACGUGAACGCCAGACUGAGCAACAAGAGAAAUAUACGCAUGAAGAGAACCUAAAGCUGCAGAAGGAGAUGACUAUGAAAAUGGAAAAACAACAUAUGGAUUUAAUGAAGCAAGUUGAAAAGCAUAAAAAUGAGUUAGCAGAGGCGCUGGAAAGUCGGAACAUUGAGAGGGCACACCGGGAACGCUUGGAGGAAGAGCUGGGCAGCCAACGAUUGCAGCUUGCACAGCUUGAACGCGUGGAGAAGGAGCUCCGGGCUGCCACGCCUCAAAUUCAAAGAGAUUCAGAGUCCAAUGACCAAAGCAGGGAGAUUGAGGAGCUUCGAAAAUUGCUGGAAGACGAACGUUUGAAAAACGAACAGUCCGAUAAUCAAAGCAUGGAAAUUGCGGAGCUUCGAGCCUUACUGGAAAAGGAGCGGCAGAAGCGGAAACAGUCUGACGAACAAAGCUCUGAGAUUUCGGAGCUUCGAGCACUGCUGCAAAGUGAACGUCAGAAAAUUAUACAGUUCGAGGAGCAAACUAUUGAGGUCGCGGAGCUUCGGACUUUGCUGGAAGGUGAACGUCAGAAGCGCGAGCAGCUGGAGCAGGAGCUAAGGGUAGCGAAAACUCAGAUGUCAAAAAGAAGUGUAAAUGGUAGUCUGACCAGGCAGCAAGGCGAUGAACUUCUGACGGUGAGGCAUAGACUGGAUGAGGAGUUAAGGGAGAGGGAGAGGCUCGAAGAGGAAAUUCGCCACCUGAAGGAGCAAAUUUCGGUUCUUUCUGAAGAGCACGAAGAGCAUUCGAGGAGAAUUAUGGCGAACGGUGGUUCAGGCCGAAGCUCACUGGGUUCAGAAAGCCCGCUUAUCAGCAUUAGUAAGCCGAACCAUAUGCGUGACACCAUCAAUGGCCAGAGAGCAACGAUUGCUAAGCUUUUUGAACAAGUUGGUCUCCACAAGAUUCUUUCAUUGCUAGAGUCCGAGGACGUCGAUGUUCGCGUCCAUGCCGUAAAGGUGGUGGCGAACCUCGCUGCCGAAGAGGCAAACCAAGAGAAAAUCGUAGAGGCUGGGGGUUUGGGAUCUUUACUCAUGCUCCUACAAAGCUCAGAAGAUGAGACUAUCAGGCGUGUAGCUGCUGGUGCUGUAGCCAACCUUGCCAUGAAUGAGACAAACCAGGAGUUGAUUAUGUCUCAAGGAGGAAUAGGUCUUUUAGCUCGAACAGCCGAUGAUGCUGAAGACCCACAAACAUUGCGAAUGGUUGCUGGUGCAAUUGCAAACUUAUGUGGCAAUGAUAAGCUACAAGUUAAACUGAGGGAGGAAGGCGGAAUUCGUGCACUUCUCGGUAUGGUACGAUCACGUCAUCCUGACGUGCUUGCCCAAGUUGCGCGAGGAAUUGCUAACUUUGCCAAGUGUGAAUCACGCGGUGCUGCUCAAGGUUACAAAUUGGGGAGGUCUUUACUCAUCGAUGAUGGAGCCUUACCAUGGAUUGUUGCCAAUGCGAACAAUGAAGCAUCACCUAUCCGUCGGCACAUCGAACUGGCACUUUGCCACUUAGCCCAACAUGAGGUGAACGCCAAAGACCUCGUUGCAGGGGGGGCCUUGUGGGAACUCGUAAGAAUUUCCCGAGAGUGCUCCAGAGAAGAUAUCCGAAAUCUAGCCCAACGCACUUUGAAUGCAAGUGGCACUUUUCAAGUAGAAUUGAGGCGCCUCCAUUUAGUCUAUUAAACUCAAAUAAUCAAAAUCAUUUUUCAUCUGAUACGUUUUUCGGGUAGCUUCGUGCGUCUUUAUCCUGUAUUAUUAGACACCGCUAUCAUCAUACUCUUGAAUUUAUUUGUAACCAGCUCAGUUGUUUACAUGUCAUAGGCUGUUUUUCGUCACUGUAGUGACUGAUGAGUUGUUCAACCACAUUAUGUUUUAGGCCCACUCCUUGUCAGCAAUCUCACGAGUGUGGGUAUGCUCAAAUCAUACCUCUGCACCAUCACCUGAAAUACAA